CUCCUGCGCACACUUCGAACUUUCCGCUGUGGCUCCAAGACCAACCAGGUGUUGGUGAAGGCACCUACGGGGGCCGUCUGUGGACAAAAAGGCGCUUCACGGCCGUCCUGCUCAGAGCAAUGGAGGGGGUCACAGUGGGCCAGGUAUUUGAUGCCGAAUGCAUCCUCAGCAAACGGCCGCGAAAGGGAAAGUUCGAGUAUCUCAUCAAGUGGAGAGGGUGGUCGUCCAAGCACAACAGUUGGGAGCCAGAGGAGAACAUUUUGGACCCGAGGUUACUGGCAGCGUUUCACAAAAGGGAACAAGAGCGAGAACUUUUGUUCCAGAAGAAAGGAAAGCGGCCGAGAGGGCGUCCGCGCAAGAUUCCGCUGCCAACGCCGCCUGUUGCCAAAGAAAGCCGCUCGUCAUCGUCCUCUUACUCGGGCCUGUCGUCAUCGCCGUCGUCGUCUGAGGAGGAAGAUGACGAACGCGAGCACAAGAAGGCCAAAACGAGCCCCCGGGCCCACCCGGUCCCUCAGAAGAGGCCUCAGAUCCUGCUGGCCAAGCCUGACCCACCUCGUAAAAAGCGUGGGCGGAAGCCGCUUCACCCGGACCUGAGGGCGCUGAGACAGGCCAAGAGCAGACCGUUGACUCCGCCCCCACGCCACCACCAGCUGCUCCGCCUUCCCAGGGAGGAGUCUCGACCGGGGGUCAAGAAGCCGCUGCAGCCGGCCAGUUUCACUUACACCGGGCUGAGCAGGACUGGAAGGGACGAGGCCGCGUCCGCCGCCCACAGCUCCGCCUUCUCUCAGUUGGCGACGUCCAAAGGGGGCUCUCAGGGCUGUGUUUGGAACCGCCCCCUGCCGGCCUCCUCGCCAUCUCCCUCACACAUCAAAGCCAGCAGUUCGCCACAAAGCAAGAACUCGCUAUCUGAGCUGAAGCGCUCCAUUUCCGAGUCAGGCGGCGGCCGGGGAGACGCCUUUAAAGCGACUUCGCCCCCUCUGAAACUGGCUGGAAGUUCAGCAGGAAGCUUUGGCGGAGGUCAGGCUGGUAGUCAGCGCCCCCUGCUGGCCCAGAGGAGGCAAGACGGCCACGGCAGUCACAUGGUGCUGGGCCAACACAAACAAGGGCUUUCCAAAGUGUCAUCGUCGCACCGAACAGCCAAUCAGACUCUCAGCCUUCGCGCACUCAACCUGCAGAGUGUUAGUAAGACUCCACCCAGUGGCCACCAGGGGAAUAGCGGCGCGGCUGUGCGCUCCAGUUCACGGAGCGGCAGCCUCGUGGUGAUCAAGGACUCUCGAAUGUCAGCGGGCAGACAGCGUCAGGUUCUGCCUGCAAGUGGCGGCGCUGAGAAGGGCAGGAAGGACGCGUCCCUGUCAGCGGGCGGUGCUCGCUCGGCCGGCGCCGGCAGGCAGGACGAGCGCAAACCGAGCCGCAGCUUGAACGAGCUCAGCACGGGCGACUCUGACGAGAGCAGCAGUAGCGAAUCAGAACCAGACGCCGCCUCGUAUCCCAGCAACAGCCGCCCCAGCCUCGGCGACGCCGCCACAGAGUCGGACACGGAAACAGACUGGCGGCCGGCGCGAAGCCUUCUGGAACACGUCUUUGUCACUGACAUCACUGCCAACUUCAUCACGGUGACCGUGAAAGAGUCGCCGACCAGCGUCGGAUUCUUCAACCCGCGGAACCACUGAGGGGAACGGCCGCCAUGACACCUCCACCUCCCUCAGAACUCUGCCGCCAUCUUCAUCAUGGACAGCUUUGAGUUUAAAGCAGGAAGUCCCAUGUCGUCUCUGCGUCUUACCAACACCAGACGUGCGUGACUCCGCCCCCUCAGUGCCUCAGCUCCUCGUCAAAACCUCGCAGCUGGACGAGCGAACCCGCCGCCGCGCGCCGUGGACUCUGGUCUGACGUGUUUUUAUCCACACGAUGCUAUGAAAAAAAAAAUGUGACUUUUUUUUUCCUGUCAUUUGUACAUUUUUGUGUUUGGACCAAAGGUGCUAUGAAUGUGGACCCUCUUAUUUAAUUGUCUCAUCAACAGUAUUACACACACACUGAUUUAAUUUAUACUGUAAAUAUGUUUCUAUUGAUGUGAACUCUACCUGAUACUCAUUUUUCAACUUCUUUGAAAUAAACCAUAAUGACA